CAAUUGUGAUGAAGUUGAUAGAACAAAAUUGGACUUUGUUCAAAGUGAGAAACGCAUGAAAUUUGUCAGACACACUUCUUUUGUCAAAAUAAAACAAUACCUGUAUGCUAUCUGCAUAAUGCUGCUGUGUUCUGGGUUUUGCGACCUUCAUCGACUUUGAGGUUCAAUCGAUGGAUUGGUCUCGGGACGGGAUGACCCCUCCUGCCACCUGGAGUGUGUGCUCAAACAUUCGGAAGUGUCCCUAAGGCUUUGGCCUAUCCAUCACCAUCUGUUUUUUCAGCCUCAAUUACAUCUGUAAGCCCCGCCACAGCAUGUUGAUAGAUGUCAGGAGGCGCCUUCAGAGCAAUAAUCAAUUCCCGCAUCCAUCACCACGUUUGGAGCUCCGCCAUCAUUUGCUUUGGUCUUAUCUGAACUCCCUUUCCCCCUUCUGAAGCUUUUUUUUUUUGCUGAAAUUCCAGUCGUUGACACACAACUCAAUCCUACAGGCUUAAAUCACAUUUGAUCCUGCGAUAAAAUGGUUCAGCAAAUGUAAUCUAAUAAUUGGUGUUCAAGGAAAAAUCUAUUUAACAGGUAGGACUGUCUUCUGUGUGUGAAUAAGAAGGAUAGUCAAAAUGUGAACUUGUGUCCAACGUAAGGAAACACUGAUUAAGACAUAUCCCUGACAUAUUUAGUCAUUGGCAUGGUGUAGUGCAUAACUGUUUGUGUAGUUUGAUUCUUUAGUAAUGGUGAAACAGCUCCACAAAUAGAGACAAUAGUGCAUACAAUUGCUGUUCUGUAUCCAUCAGACAGCAGGAUAUACUGGUCUUAUACCACAAGUUGAGCAACCAACGGUGACAGCUUGAUAUUUGAGGCUUAAAACAGUAGGUAGAUGUACAUGCCCAAAUCCAUUCACCCAGUUAUCACAAACAUCAACCAAUUUUAUUUCCUGGUUGUUUUUCCAAAUGGUUGUUGCUAUAAUCUUUCAAUGUAUGCAUGCUUUCUAACCAUGUACUGCAUGGCUGCAUUCAGCUAAUAUAGAUAUAUUUGCAAUUUACAUUUUAAUUCCCAUGUUAACGGAGGCAGUAAUUCACACAUUCGUUCAUGUGGUAAUUCAUUUAAAUAUGAGAACACUUGCAUUUAAAUGUAGGGGCUUGUAUGCUACGCAGACACCGUAUGUCAUACACACCAAGCAUCUCAGUCCCCAUUGAGCAAAACCAUGUUGUGCAGCUUCAAACUAUUAUUGGUGGGCUACUGGGUGGCUAAUCAUGUUUAGGCAAUGUCCCAGUGUGUGGAUGGGGCCACUGGUCUGUAAUCAAAUCCAUGACCAUGGCUGGCAGCCCUCCAAGGCAAAGCUUAAUAGCAUUGCCCGGGGAAGAGGGGUUCAUCAGCAGGGAUAAAACAUGUCUCAUUGCUCAUGAGUGACCUCUACUGGUCAGUCUGGCACCAGCUGUCCCUGCUUUCUCAGGCUGUAAAUGUCCUCCUUCUACUCGAGUCUGUGUGAGCUAUACUUGUGAACUGUGGCAUAGAUAGAAGCUGACAGGCAUGUCUUGUAGGAGAGCAUGUGCUCUCCUUUAUUGAUAACAGAGGCUAUAGAGAUGUGUGUGGCUUGUGAAUACAAGUGCCGUUUUGAACAGCAUGUCCUUCAAAAUCUAAAGACAGAUAUUUGUUUACUUCCACAGAUUUCUUGAAAAGGUAGAAUCUCAGAAACUCUAAAUUGAAUGGAACAAUUAUAUUGUGCUUCUUUCAACAGAACAUGUGGAGUCCAAUUAUCAAGAAAUAUAGUGCUGAAAGAAACCGUUAUAUUACCAAUUGCAAAAUCUGUAAGGGAAUCUUUGCAAUAGAAAACUUAUAGUCCAAACACUGACCAUUCUGGCUAAAUUUCAGUAUGCACUGUUUAUUGUCAUAUCCAUUUUCUCUGACUCCCUGAAUGUUCAAUUCCAUACUAAAACCUAACAUAGACUGCACAAUUAAUAUCAUAUGAUAAACAAUACUACUGUUAAACUGUGCUUGUGGUAAACUGUACGUACGGUACAGACUCAUGGCAAAUACGUACAUUACACCGAUCAUCCACAGUACCACUGGCUCUACUUUCCAGAACCAGUCAGCAAUAUUGUAAUUGUGUAGGAGGAGCUACCACUCACAUUGUAUUUCACUAAAAGCUCUUUGUCUGGAGUGGUAUUGUAGCGUAAACUACAUACAGUGUAAGCAUAUUGCUACAAUUUUAGUACAUGGAUGAAUCUGCUAAUUAGGAGUCUAUGUAGCUGGUCAUGAUCAUGUACAGUGCUGUUCAUUGGCUAGGUUGCUUUAUUGGUGCUGAAAUGUGUUAAUGGGAGCUGCCCAUUGGCUAACCUGUUUUGUUGGUGCCAAAAUGCUUCCUGGGAGCUGUCCACUGACUAACUUGCUUUAUUGGAGCUGGAAUGCUUCAUGCGAGCUGUCCACUGAGUAACCUGCUUUGUUGGUGCUGAAUUGCUUCCUGGGAGCUGUCCAUUGGCUAACCUGCUUUGUUGGUGCUGAAUUGCUUCCUGGGAGCUGUCCAUUGGCUAAUCUGCUUUGUUGGUGCUGAAAUGCUUCAUGCGAGCUGUCCAUGGGCUGGCUAACUUUGCUGAUUCUGAAAUGCAUUAUGGGAGCCUUUGCUAACCUGCUUUGUCUCUGCUGAAAUUUCUCAGAGGAUUGGUUCAGUGUCUGCAGUGCUUUGUGGUUCUGAAGUGUCCUUGGCACCAGCCCUUUUCCACCUGUGUUUGUUGGAGCUAAAUUCAAUUAAAAAAACAAAAAAAACAAAUGUGCUUGUAAAAUGUACUCCAUAGCCUUUUAAUGACUAUUUCCAACCCAUCAGAACAGCCAGCUCUUAUUUAAAUGUUUUAUUUAAACUUACAUUGAGUAGAAAGUGUGUGCACCAUUGUAUUUAUAAUGUAAAAGGAUUUGGAGGUCGCUUAGCUUUUGUGAGGGGAUACUAUGCAGCACUGCCUGAGUCAAGUGGACAUGGCGGGCAUCCUUUCACACAGUCAGUGAAAUGGUCUCAUAAAAAGCGUGAAACUUGCUCUUAAGCAUGUUUUGGCAGUAAUCAGUCUCAGGGGAGAAAGCACAAGGCACAGACCAAUGCCCGCUGCACACUCUGAAUGUAAUUAUAUGCCAUUUCACUGUGUUUUCAUCAAGCAGUUCCUUCCAUUAUUCAGAUGAAAUUAUGUGCUUCCCACGGGGCCUGAGCAUUAGGUUUAUGAGGCAAGACCUCACAUGAUAACCUGUGAUGACCAAGAGAAGAAUGAAUUGAUAAAUUCAUUUUCUGACUUGUUAUUUCUCACUUGUCUCUGACUCUCUUCAUAUUAUAACUCUUUGCUGGGGGCUACACUCUUUGCUCUUUGCUACACUCAAACUUGUACAAUUAAAUUGAAUCAUACAGCAGAUGUUCCACUGUGUCUGAUUCAUAUGGCUAAAUCCAAGAAAAUAAAUAAUAAAAAAAAGAAACCUUGUGGUCCCAAAUUAUUUGGCACAAGGUGGUUCUCAACAAAGAGCAACUAUAUUUAAUUCAUAGCAAUUAUGGUUAAAAUAAGGAAAAAACUCCCAUCAGUGAGUAUACAUUGCUCAUUGAGGCUUAGCAGUGGAGUGCAUUGCCUACUGGCACUACUGAUAGCAUCCCUUGCCUGCAAAGGGAUAUUCCGCUACUUCGAGCACCUGCCGCAGCUCUGGCUCAUCGAGCAUGUGCUAUCACUUCUCCCGGAGAUUCGGGAUGGCUUUGCCCCACCGGGGACUGAAGGCGGGGCAGGAGAUCAGCCGAGAUUACGCCAAACCCAGGGCAGCGUCCUUCGCCGUGCCGUAGCCGACUCCAGCUCAUGUUAAUUCACGCUGGAGCGGAGGGUCACGCUGCAAGGUCCUGCCUUUCCGGCGCAGGUACGCUCAGAAAAUGACACGGUGUGAAAACAAUUGUGGUACAAAUAAGCUUUGUGGAGGCCCUGCUCAAAUCCUGGGGUGAUUGUAAGACCAAUGGGAUUUUCUUGGCUUUUUCUGCUUUGUGCUGUUUCUGUGUGUUCAGACGGUGUGGAAAUGUGUCCUCCCAGUUCUCACUGAACCUAGACAUUGUGGCUCAAUUUUCUUUUCUGAAAUGGUAAAAUUGUCAGUGAUUUGUCGACACAAAUAGUAUGCUUUUUUUGUUACUUCUGUAGAUGUUCAGCUACAGAAUUAAUGUACUGUGCUGUGAAAUCAAAAACCAGAGAAGCAAACCUAAAAUUCUGCCAACUGCACCAUGCUCAAACCAAAAGAAUUACCCCUCUCCUGAAUCUGCUUCUAAAAUAAGAACCGCCUUUAAUCUUGGUAUAUUUGGAACAGGUCGAUGGGUAUGAUUUCACUUUGCAAGCAAUCAGACCCUUCUUCAGAAAAAGGGCUCAUCAGACUCUGCACAAUUCUUAUGCCAUUUUAAUAGCUUUUUUUAUUUUUAUUUUUUUUACUUAUUUGUGUGUUGCAUGGUUUACCUAGACUCAUUUAGCAGAGUGUAAUUCAUUCAUCAUGCCAGUGCAAAUCACUGCUCUCAGGUUGCUAGUGGGAGGUUGGAGGGGAUUUUUCAAACACGGCUCGGGUGAAUCUCAAUUAAGCAGGUGUACUGCACAUCCAUCUGAAGUGCCCAUAAUGCCUCACUGCAACGCCGGGAUAACGUGGGCCCAGCUCUUCAAAGGAGAGAGAUAAAGCAAGACAAUGCUUAUGACUGAAUUUAAUGCGAUCUCUCGCUUUUACUCCUGUUCUCCAGGCCAAUUAUUUGUCAGAGCGGCCUUCCCUUUGGAAAAGUAAAACUUUAUUAUUCGGCUCCACUUAGCAACUUGACCUAGCCAUUCCUAACAUUGUUUUCACCGCCAUCUUGUGAAUGAGAACACAUUCUACUACAUAACACAAUACAUAUAAUGAUGCUUAGGUUACUCCAACAGCAUUGCAAUGCGGAAGGCUGGGAUUCAACCAACAUUUGUCUUCAAAUUUUGACUAACAAUUAAAAGCAGAGAUUUUUUCCCCUUUGUAACAGAUUUUGGAAGUUGGGGGAAUCACAAAAACAAACUCGCCAAACUGUGAUUGCGAAAAAGGAGUGUAACGUUUGCAUUUACUUGUAAGUGAAAGUCUAAGCAUAAUGCGCUCCCCAAGGAACGUUAAUCUUGCCGGUAUAACUGCGAUUGGUUGCUGCAAUCACUACAGCUGCCACCGUCGCAAUUAUCACACUGUGAACCGUUUCUCAAAUCAUUUUCAGCAGAUGCUAAUCAACCACAGUACUAUAUGUUGCACUCUAUAAUUAUAAUUAAUUUGUUUGGCAGAAACCCUGACACUGUUGACAUGUUUCGCAUUUUCACAGCUGUUUAUCGCUCUUAAGCAAUUCAGGUCAACUACCAGGUACAAUGCUCUCCUGAAGACCGAACCUGCAAUGUUACUGUAGCACGCUCAACUCCCUACACACUCUUCCACACUGUUGCGCAGAGAAAUAUGUCCUGUAUCAUCGCACUUUAAACAUGCUUUGCAAAUCCUAACAAGCAUGUGUAUGCUUACACGUGGGAAACUUAGACUGCACAGCGGCACUAUAUAGGUUUCUGAAGAAUACCUAGGAUAAGGCUUCCUGAAGAAACAGCAGUGAAAAAAACAUCAUUUUUCACUCUGUCAGUCAGUCAAUUAAUCCAGAACCUUCACAGAACAGUGUUUAAACACACCUGCCUUGUUGGGCAUACAUCACUGGCUUUCUCUUUGUCAUCAUCUCAAACUGCAACCAUGAGUGGAAGGCUGCUGCCAAAGCUUCAGAAUCACGGCAUGCAUUUGGUGACGCACUGCAAUGAACGCUAACACCAUCUGUAGCAGCAAGGCAGGAAAAUGACCCAAAACUAGUCUUUUUUUAGUUAUUUAUGAAGACCAUUUAUAUUCUGGCCAGAAUGUAUAUGGGGAUUUUUUUGUGUACCAGACAACGAGUGAAAUGUCAUGACACAACAAAUAAUGUAAAAGUUCAGAGGGUUUGAAGCUGCAUGCCAAGAUAAUGUCAGUUGCUCAGAUUUACGGAUUUCCACCAAUCACCAGCAGGCAAAGGAUGUGACAGCUUCUGUGAAAGGUUCUCACUAUAAAAUAAAUAUUUUACCUUGAGGUAUAAACAGUUUGCCUUAAAAAUCUAUGCCAUUAUAACUGUGUAUCAUUACACUGUCGAACAAGUCAGGAUUGUUCCCUCCAUGGUUUACCAAUUUUCCCAUAUUUAAUAUAAACACACAACGUCAUUAAUGAUUCAUGUUGCCCUGAAUACAUUUGUUCUAUUUCCCCCAAAAGACCAUCUCACCUUUUCUAUAAACUCAAUCUCAUUAUAAACAGGCUAUCUGUCUCCAUGAUAGAAAAUGAUUUGGCUGCGUGAGAUAGAGUGCCAUAUAGUGCAAAGACAAUUUUCUCGACAAUACGAUAUUCACAGUGCAUGGUCAUUUGAUGCAAUAUCUGAGAUUAAUACGUCUGCUUCUCAAAUAAAUAAUUUAUUUGUUGUUGCAGGAAGGAUUAUCAUGGGUAUCAUACAAAUUACAUUGAUGAGAAUGUUUAAUUUUAUAUCAUAUAUAUCUGUGAGAUUGGACAGCAUUUUAUUUUCGUAGCAGUUCCUCUCCCUUAAUAGUGUCUUUGCCCACUGGUUAUUUGUGUGACUGAGGAAACGAGCGGGGUUGAAUUAUUGGCUCAUGGACUGGGAUCAUUAACGGGUUCUCAAAACGUUGAUGGUCACGGGUGCAUUACAAUAUAUUUUACAUUUUAAACGGUCUUGUCUCAGUAGAACGAGAAAUUCCAAAGGGAUAGCAACAUUCAAAAUGUAGAUUUGUGUAUUAAAAGCUUACAACUGUGUUAUGACUUUCAUCAUUGGUUGAGAUUGUUCAUGUUCAUGUUGAAAUUGGAGUAGGCUAUAGGCCUAGCCUACUGCUGGAAGGAACUUACAUUAGCCUAACCAAUACUUUAUAGAACAGUGUUAAUAGACGGCAUAUACCCAUUUCAAAUAUUGUAUUCUCUGACAGAAAAGGCAUGUCGCUGACAAUUAGGCAUAAUUAGGUUUUUUUAUUUUUAAAUAUGAAAAUUAGCUCAUCUACAACACCUGGAGAUCUAGUAGACUGAAGUUUUAUUACUGAACUAACCAUAAUGUUAUUUCAGGAUUUUUCAUUUAAUAAUAAUUCCACCCACCCAUUACUAGCAGGUAGCUUAUCCUGGGCAGGGUCAUGGGUGCUAGAGCCUGUCCCAGCGUGCACUGGGCUAGGGGGCAGGAAUGCAACCUGGACAGGCUGCCAAUCCUUCGUAGGGCACAUACACCACUCGCUCACCAUUCACCCACACACAUGCAUACCUAUGAGCAAUUGAGAGUUUCCAAUUAGCUUACCAGCAUGUCUGUGGGAGGAAACUGGAGUACCCAGAGGAAACCCACACAGGGAGAACAUGCAAACUCCACCCAGCAAGGUCGAGGCCGGAUUUAAACAGAGAACCUUCUUGCUGUGAGGUGACAGUGCUACCCACUGCAUCACCGUGCCACCCUUAGUUAGAAUUAAUUUCCUGAAUUAAAAAUGAAUUGACUCCACGAUGACAUUAGAAGAAAUAAAAAAGUAUUAAUUUUAAUUGUUGUGAUUCUACAAGCCCUGCUAUGGCAUGUUUAACAGUCAAACAAAAUUAAAAACUGACAACGUAGGCUACUGGCUUGUAAAUUGCAAGUGAACCAUGAAACAUUUAUCUUAUCAAAACAAGCACUGGCAAAAAUGAAUGACUGUACUGCUGAAGCCUACCUUCAAAGCUAAACUUGAUGUAGGCUUUGGGUUCAACUUGCAGAUAUUUUGCUUUCUCUAAAUUGUUCCUAGCUUCAAAGACCAACAUGCACUUUAUGUUUGUUUCCUGUGCGUUUCUGGAGUGAAAAUUAUUGAAAAAAGUUUUAAGUAUUGGCAUUAGCCUACAGUAUUUUUUCUACGAAAAGUAGUCUAUACUGUAUGUCUAGACUGAAACGCUUACAAUGCCUUGUUCCUUUUAUUACUGAGUUUGCAAUACCAAAUAGUCUAUUUUAAAAUGCUUUUCGAUAUUAGCACACCUGUCUAGCUCCAACACGCUAUUGCAUUAUUUGCAGUUUUGUGGUUGUGUUGCGUUGGCUGUACGGUUGGGAAAUGCAGUGCGAGUGAAUGGGAACUCGCAUCAACCGUCCGUCUCCUAUCUCAGUUUCCUGAGGUGGUUGGUUGCCAGGCAGUUAUCACAGCGCUCGUGACGAUUCCAGUGACUGUGGCUCGCGCUGCUUCCCUGCGAUAUAGAGGCUGAGCAUCAGUAUCUCCUUCCUCGUACGUCUUCGCAGAUUAGCACCCAAAUCAUUUAGUGGUUGCAUUUUGCUGGGGGGUCUUUCGAUCUCUCGAGCCACUCAGAAUCGUUUGCUACUGAGAUUGAAUUCCAAGUCUUGUUCGCGGUACUUUGCUGGCUCCAGUCUGAAUUUUUGCGGUUCACAGCUGUGUGAUCCCUGCGAUAGGUUAUAAUGACUUCAGCCAAGGAGACCAAUGCACCAGCGAAACCAGCUCAACAGCAAGAUCAGGAGCUGGUGGGAAGCAACCCUCCGCAAAGGAACUGGAAAGGAAUCGCAAUCGCCCUGCUUGUCAUUCUGGUCAUCUGCUCGCUGAUCGUCACCUCUGUCAUCGUCCUGACUCCAGCUGAGGAUGACAGCCUGGCACUGAAGGGCAAAGUGACCAUAGAGAACCUUUUCAGCAAAGAUUUCAGAAUCAACGACCCGGGCGCCAAGUGGAUCAGCAGUGAUGAGCUUCUCCUCCAAACACGCGAAGGGGAUGUGGUCCGCUUCAACGUCAAAACACAAGAGAAGGCCAUUUUGGUUGAAAGAAAAAAGUUUGAAAUGUACCAAGCCAGCAAGUACGAAGUGUCCCCUGACAUGAGGCAUGUGCUUCUGGCCUACAAUGUUGCCCCGGUGUACCAGCACUCCUACAAUGCCCAUUACAUCAUCUGCAGUCUGGAUACUCCGGAGACCUGGAUCCUGAGCCCUCCGGAGGUGCGCAACGUCCCGCUGCAGUACGCCGGCUGGGGGCCCCACGGGCAGCAGCUGAUCUUCAUAUUCGAGAAUAACAUCUACUACCGAGCCACUGUGGAAAGCCGAUCGAUACGCCUGGUUUCGUCGGGAAAGGAACGGGUCAUCUUUAACGGCCUGAGUGACUGGCUUUAUGAAGAGGAGAUUUUCCAAACCCACAUUGCUCACUGGUGGUCUCCAGAUGGUGCCAGGUUGGCGUACACUACCAUUGAUGACACCCUGGUCCCCAAAAUGGAAAUCCCAACCUUUACUGGUUCUCCUUAUCCAAUCGGGAUAGAGUACCACUACCCCAAAGCGGGGGAAGAGAACCCCAUGAUCCAGCUGUUUGUGGUGAACCUGAAUGGGCCUCUUCACACCAUGGAGAUGCGCAGGCCGGAGAACCAGCGGAUAGGGGAGUACUACAUAACGAUGGUAAAAUGGGCAACAAAUACAAAACUGGCUGUGAACUGGCUAAACAGGGCACAGAACAUCUCUGUUCUGACUCUGUGUGAGGCCACUACUGGAGUCUGCACAAAGAAACAUGAAGAUGAGAGUGAGGGCUGGCUGCAUAGACAGAACGAAGCGCCACUAUUCUCCAAAGACGGGCACAAGUUCUUCUUCACCAGAGCAAUCCCACAGGGAGGAAGAGGGAAGUUCUUCCAUAUCUCUAUGUUGUCCUCACCGCCCAACGCGAGCAGCGACAGCCUCCAGUCACUCACCUCUGGGGACUGGGACGUCACCGAGGUCCUGGCCUACGACGAGGGCAGCCAGCUGAUAUACUUCCUGAGUACAGAAGAUGACCCAAAACGAAGACAUCUCUACAGCGCGGAUACCAUUGGACCCUUCAACAGACGCUGCAUCUCCUGCGAUUUCAUUGGCUGUGGUUACGUGAGUGGCUCCUUCAGCCAUGACAUGCAGUACUUCCUCCUCAACUGUAAAGGCCCUGGAGUGCCGACUGUGUCUGUGUACAGCACAAGAGAUCGAAUGAAGCUUUUGGAUCUGGAGACCAACGAGGAUCUAAACAUCACACUCGACUCCAUGCAGAUGCCAAAAGUGGAAUACAAGGAGAUAAACAUAGAGGAUUACAUUCUGACAAUGCAGAUUAUGAAACCUGCUGGAUUCCUGGAUACAGCACAUUACCCCUUACUGCUGCUAGUGGACGGGACACCGGGCGGUCAGAUGGUCACCGAGCGGUUCCAGUUGGACUGGGCCACGGUUCUGGUCAGCAGCUUCGGCGCAAUCGCCGUCCGCUUCGACGGCUGGGGGAGUGGCUUCCAGGGCACCAACUUCCUGCACAAAGUGAAGCGCAAACUGGGCGUGUUCGAGGAGAGAGACCACAUGGAGGCACUGAACGUUAUCUCAAAGGAAUCUUAUAUUGACAGAACGCGCAUUGGAGCUUAUGGAAAGGUCUACGGGGGUUAUUUGACCAGCCGUCUCCUAAACGCUGAGGACUCAUUAUUAAAAUGCGGAGCGGCUCUUUCACCAAUCACAGACUUCGAAUUAUACGCCUCUGCAUUUUCUGAAAGAUAUCUGGGAUCACCAAAGACAAACUCAAACGCUUACCGGCUGGCGAAUUUAACGCAUUAUGCAUCUCUACUGGAGGAUAAAAAGUACCUGAUCAUUCAUCCGACAGCUGAUGAGAAAGUUCAUUUUCAGCACACGGCAAGGUUUAUUAACCAGCUAAUCAAUGAAAAAGCUAAUUAUUCUCUCCAGAUAUACCCCGACGAGGGACACUUCCUCCACAAAGCGGCCACGAAACAGCACCUGAGCCAGUCGCUGGUGAACUUUUUCGAGGAGUGCUUCAGACUGCCCGAGAGGGUGAUGGAGGAGAAGGAAGUGGAAGAGGACAACGAGGGCUAGCCCGCCCCUGAGCCCGCCGCGCGCAGCGAGCCGCGAACACGAUAUGCAAGACGGCUUUCUCUCCCCCCUCUCUCCGAGUCGGCUUUCUCCGAAGACCCCCGUCCCCCACCCCACCCCACCACCACCCCACCUUCGGCACGUUCCCAGGCUGUGCAAGAGCAGUGCUCUCCUCCUCUUCCCCACCUCUUACCUGUUCAAUGGAAGACCAUCCGCGGUGACGUAGGCACAUCAUCAACUCCGGUUCAUGCGGCACGGACGUACAGAUGGCACCUCGUCGAUUUUGACUGGACCAAGUGUACAGGGGGCCCCUGGUGACCCGAGGGACGCUGUGCUGGCACUCCUACCGAGCUCUCUGCCCCUCCUGCACCUUCCACUUCCCCCUCCCCCUGUCAUCAAGUUGAAUCAUCAAAAUAAAAGGUUGCGUAGCACAAACAUUUCUGACGGAUGUCCAGACUCUCUGCCGAGUUAUUUGGGCGGGAGUGAUUGUCAGAGUACCAUGGGUGGGACAGAGGUCACCUUGUGUCACGGGCACUGUCUUUUCAAGCAAUGGCAUCCUUGUUUGCCACUUGAAUUGUAUUUGUGUCCCUUGUUCUCAAGUAAACUAAAGCAGCACAUAGAAUAUUAUUGGUUACUGGGGGUGUCUACUGUUUGUUUUUCAGUGUUUGACAUUAUCCAAAUCUGUGUAACAUAUUACAAUAGCUUUGAAUUGACAUAUGCUUAAAAUGGCCUGAGGCCCAAGUGAUUCUUCUGAGUAAAAUUGUAAAAAAAAUUAAAAAGUAGUCUGUUUGUUUUGAAUUGGGACCAUGUAGGCAGAUUAUUAUAAUGGUCUGUGAAUCUUUUAUCUUAUAUGUCGAGUAAACUGUCCUUGCAUAACUACUGAAAUGUCUCAAAAAUUCUUAGUCACUGUGCCUUACUUUUGGAGUAAACCGUCCUUUCUGAGAACUGUCAAGUGAGGACUCUCCUUGAAACGCAAGGCUUAUUUUAAAUGACAAGACAAGACAAGACAGGAAGAAGAAUCAUAAUGUUCUUUUUUUUUCUUUCCAGAUAAAGUCAUUACCACAGAAUACUUAAUGCUAACCGCAGUCAUGAAAUGUCGCUUUUUAGCAUCAUGUUAAUAUUACACCAUGGCCAGGCCAUGAGCUCGUCUGUGGUGCCAUUGUGAAGAAUCUGAGUUAUCACAUUUCCAAAUAUGUAUCAUAAACCUGUGCUUGUAUAUUAUUAAGACGUACUUCUGAACGAGUAUGGUCAGUUUUUUUCCAUUUAAAAAUAAUCAUUUAAAAAAAGCAUUUGGACUUCCUUCCUUAUGUUUUGUGAUGAGGUUUUUCUUUGAAUAUUUUUGUAUCUAAUUUGGCAUGUUGGCAAAUUUGCAUUCUUUCUGUAGUUCAGCCUAAGCAUUGUAUAUUUGACAGCUUGAAUGUUACUUAGCAGAGCUACAUUUCAUUUUAGUGUCGUGAGUGAACUAUCUUUCUCCAUCUGCCAUUGUAUCAGUGUUCUUUGAAAUCAAUUUGGUCAUAUUAAUAUUAAUAUUUCAGUGUUACCUGUACAUAAAACAUUUUGAAAGUUACAUUUUUCUGUUCUUGUAUUUUGUUCUUUGGGAAAAUGAUGCCACACAGUGGUGUGUGCAUGUGUGCUUGUGUGUUUGUGUGUGUGUGUGUGAGCAUACAUACAUACAUAAUAUGCACAUGUGUAUGCCUGCAUACACACCCCCACAACCACAAUUCCACACACACGGACACGCACACACACACUCAUACGCACACACACACACAUACACACCCACACCCACACACACACACACACACACAUACACAUGCACACACACAUGCAGACCCUGGAGGUUUUAUUUCCCAUUAGUCUGAGAGGUGACUUUGUGACUGUGCAUUUCACUUUGUCGAGCAACUUGUGGUAAAAAAACAACAACAACAAAAAACAGGUUGUGGCAUGAAAGUUUGUGUUGUCAGAAUAAAUUUAUUUUACCAUCA